CACUAGCUCCCAUCAUCCGCUCGACACUGCGGGUCUCACCAGGAAUUUGGACCAUGCACAAGGUCCUCUCAUGACCAACAGGGUGUCAUCAUCGCCAUGGCUAUGCAUCGGAUGGGACACUUAUAGUGACAUGUCGCCCGCGAUUCGUCGUGAUGUGUCUGUUCUCUCACAGCGACUGUGCUCCCAACUCUGAAGACGAAUGGAGGCGGCCGCUACGAUGGCAGCGUCGACGACUUCAUCCCUGAACUGGGGCUGGAACAGCGCUCUUGACAACUCUAGCCUCUACGGAGAAGUUCUUGGACAGAUGUCACAGCAAAGCAUCCUUCUCACGGCAAUUCGCUGCUGGCAGCGGAUUCUGUCCUUCGGGAAAGAUCGCGAACCCGCGCUUCAGGGGCCUCAGAACCGUACCCAAUACUCUGUGGCCGCCGGGUCGCAGGAAGCACUCGCAAGCCUGUGUGCGACCUGCCGAGGUUUGCUCCCAGGGGCGAUCUCGACCUUCACGCAGGUCGUUGAUAUCAACUCGACAUCGGAGAACGGGGAUGCAGUGCACUUCCCGACGCCUCUCAGAGAGCAGGAGGCCGUUACGGCCAUCAAGGCUCUCGAGGCAUGCGCCGCCGCUGCCAUUGCCACGCUGCGUUACGGGACAGAGAUCAGGAGGAUACAGGUCGAUGUCGACAAGGUCUCGGCCUUUCUGAUGUCGGCCUACCUAACCACUCUUGAUGGGAUGGACAAAGCGGACGUGAGAACUAAGGAGAAGAUUCCGGAUACGGAUCUGAAUCGCGCUCAGUCAGUGCUGUACCGGCGGAUGUCGGCCAACCUCUACAGCACCAAGACCCCGGGCGAGUACUAUCACAUCCACGGCUCCCUUGACGCGGAUGUAACCCUCGAGAUGCUCGGCCUGCCGAAGGACAACCCCUCCAUGACCGACUACCGCGCCAUCAUCUCCUACAUCGAAUCUGCUGUGAUGGAACACACAGCCUCCGAGCUCGAAACCCUCAACCUCGCCCACCGCCAAGCCGGCAUCCAAGCCCUCACGUGGCCUCAAUUCCAGUCCACCGCACACGGCAAAGCCCUCCAACAGCUCCCACCCUUCACCGUCCAGCCCAACCCAACCGAUACCGCCACCCCGCCCGUGCCCUUCCGAUCCCCUAUCCCAUCCCCCUGCUCUGGCCCGCACUAUGCCCUGGCGGGGAUCAAAGUCCUCGAGCUAUGCCGCAUCAUCGCCGGUCCGACAAUCGGCCGCUCGCUCGCAGCACACGGCGCCCAGGUCCUCAAGGUCACCUCGCCGCACCUCCCCGACGUCCCCUUCUUCCAGCUGGACGUCAACACGGGCAAACACGCGAUCCACCUCGACCUGCGCCACUCAGCCCACGACCGCGCCGUCUUCGACGCCCUCCUCGCCGACGCGGACGUGCUCAUCGACGGGUACCGCCCCGGCGCCCUAGCGCGGCUGGGUUACGGCCCCGCCCGGCUCGGGGAACUCGCCCGCCAGCGGGGGAAGGGCUUCGUGUACGUGGCAGAGGACUGUUUCGGCGGCUGUGAUCUGCCGGCCUCGGCGGGCGCCGAGUGGGCGACGCGGCCCGGGUGGCAGCAGAUCGCCGACUGCGUGACGGGCGUGGCGUGGGCGCAGGGUCGGUUCAUGGGCCUGGACGAGCCGGUUGUGCCGCCCUUCCCCAUGUCGGAUUACGCCACGGGCGCGCUGGGCAGUCUGGCCGCGCUGGUGGGACUCUACCGGCGAGCUACGGAGGGCGGGUCGUGGGUGUGCAGGACCAGCCUGUGUCAGUAUGAUGUCUUCCUCAUGGAGCUGGGCCUGUUGCCCGCGGAGGAGCAGGCGAGGCUGAGGAGGGAGCACGAGAACGAGGCAGGCUUUUUUGAGCUGCGGCAUAGCGACUCGGUGGAUGAGGUGGGCAAGAGGGCGCUGGCAAGCAUGAGGAAGGUGGUGCCGCAUCUGUUUGAGGAGGGGACGAUGAUGCAGGAGGCAUGGAGUGAAGGGUUUCAGGGUGUGGUGAGAUGGCCGAGAGAGGCAGUCGAGAUUGACGGGCUGAGGGUUGGGCAUGUGAGGACGACGAGACCGAAUGGGUGGGAUAAGGUGGCUACUUGGGAGGAAUGGGAGGAGGAGGAGGAGGAGAUCGAUGAGGUUGCAGAUGGAACGCAGAAAUCGUCGCCAUGAGGGUAUCUGGCUUGUCUUGUCGUUUCACUAACGGACACACAAGGGUCGGAGCGUUUGCGACUAUACAGCGAAAAGAGAGGCGGACAAUGAUAGCCUUUAACCACUGAAAGGAUGAGGUAGUUUGAACUCAAUUUUAACAUUGGAGUAUUUCACGCUGGCAGAG